AGACGCUUUUAUGUGAGACCAACGGAAGGGGUUUCCCCAAACGCAUGCUGUACGAUAUUAGACCACGUUUUGCCGAAGUUAAUAAACAGACAUGGUUGUUUUGACAACUUUUUCGGCUCCUUCGGAGUUAGUUCGACACAAGGAAAGAGAUACAGUCGUUAAUAUUGAUGGUACUGGGUAUGGAAACGGUACACUCUUCAUAACUGAAACUAUUGUAGCCUGGCAAAAUGUUGAAGGGAAAGGUUUUUCGUUGAAUUACCCAAAGAUCAGUCUCCAUGCAUUGUCCAGAGAUACAUCGGCUUUUCCUCAGGAAUGUCUGUACUUGAUGGUAGAAGGCAAGCUACCAGAAGAAGUUGAUCCUUCAGAGAGACAGGACAGUGAGGAAGAAGAGGAAGAGGAUGAAAGUCAGGUCAUCACCGAAGUACGAUUUGUUCCCUCCGACAAAAGUUCAUUACAAACAAUGUUUUCCUCCAUGUCCGACUGUCAAGCUCUACAUCCUGAUGAACAAGACACAGAUUCAGAAGCUGAAGCUGAAGAGGGCAUGGUGUAUUAUGAUGUUGACGAGGGAUAUGACAACUUGACACUACAGGGACAGGCCACACUACAACAUCUGGAGAACCUCCUUAUCUCUGGUCAGGGUGAUGGUCAGCCUAGCGGUGAAGUACCCAAUGGCACAAAUGUACCAUCAGAACAAUUUGAAGAUGCUGAUGAGAUGGACCAAUAAAUCUGAUCUGAACUUCUCUGAUGAAAUGGAUCAGUAACCUUUAUUUUGGCUACCGAGGAAAUGUAAAGUGACCUUGACCUUGGAGGAGAUGGACUAAAGCCUUAGCCCUAGCUGCUACUGAGACAGGCCAGUAACUGACUUUGGAUACUGAGGAGAUAGAAGGUGACCUUGACCUUGGCUGGUGAAGAGAUGGACCUGUGACCUUUACCUUGACUGUUUACAAGACAGGCCAGUGACCUAGGUUGUGGCAGUAAACAUUAGCGUUGGAUUUACUUGUUUCCCAGCAUUAUUGAAUUCUUCAAGAAUUUUCAAGUGGAAAAGAACAAAACUGUAAAAUGUUUUAAAACUUUUUGAUCCCUUAUUCAAACUUGUAAACAGAGAGAUAAACCUUUUGCUUUUUUAGAAACAAUUUUCAAAAUUUUCUUCCCUGUGCAAAAUUUUGAAAUGGCUAAGUGAUAGAUUAUAAGCAGGAGAGUGGAUAUGUGGAGAGUAUAAGUUUAUCUGUUACCAUUCACAGCUAUGUUACAGCUGUUGAUCUCAAAAGUGUCAAGGUAGGGCUGAACAUAGUCUAAAACAACACUGAACAGUGAGAUAGGCAGCAUACUAAUUCUGGUCAGGGUCACUGUGUGACAUAUUGUUAUUAGACAUCGGAACCAUAUCAGAAUAGCUACCAAACACAACUUCAUUCUGCUCGACCUUGCUAACCUUUAAGGUUGUACAAACUGUUCAUUAGGUAUAUGAGGUUACCUAUAUUGUGUCAUCAGAGAUGUCCAAGUUUGUGGAGGACUAUUAAGUGCUAUAUAUAGUUCUCAAUGUCACCAACACUUACACACUCACUCAGACUGAGCUCAAACACCGUUCAUGUAUACAUAUACCUGGGUAGAGUAACACAUGUUUGUAAUAAACCAGUGGAAAUCAGGAUAUUGAUCUUUAUGUUAUCAUUCGUCAUCAUCAUCAUCUUAAAUCACAUACCACGACCUUUUCUGAGAAUAUAUGUUGAAACUUGUUUGUGGUGAGAGAGAGAAAGAGAGAGUUUGUAUGGAAUACCAUGUAUCAUAUUGUUAGCCAUUUAUUUGUAAUAAAACUGCUUCUUUAUCA